AUGGAUCCUCGGGGGUCAAAACAAUAUAAUAGGAUGCAACCACCUCCUCCACCACCUAAUGCACAAGGUCCUCAGAAUGGAUGUUUUCCGGGUCAAGUUUUUCAAGAAAUUUUAAAAGAAAUAGUCCCAGAUGCAUCUUUUUCAGCAGAUUCUCUUAAACUUCUAGAUUGGAUGACAGCAUUUAUUACAAGUAAUUACAUGUACCGUCUCAAAAGAAGUCCAGUAAUUACAGAAGAACUAAUAUUAUCAGUUUCAGACUUUAUUGCAGCCCGACUGAAUCAAGGAGUUGACAAAGUUCCUUUACCACCAGAAAUGCCUCUAAAUUCUGGUAUGGGACAAUAUAACCAAAUACAAAUGCAAACAAUGCCUCAAAUGAAUCAAAUGCCAUACGGAAUGCAACCAAAUCAGAUGCCUAUGUGUCAAAUGGGAUAUGGAAUGCAAAUGAAUCAGGUGCAGAUGCCUCAAAAUCAAUACGGCAUGCCAAUGCAACAGCCAAUGCCACAAGUUAAUCAAAGGCAUAGCCAAAGACUGAACGCAAUUAAAAGAUUCAAAGAAAGUCAAGAAAAUCAAUAA